CGUUGGGUGAGGAGGGGGCUCGCAGGUGGAUAAAGAGAGGGAGAGAGUGAGGCUCCCCUCUUUAAAGAGUUCUGAGACGCUUCAUGACUGGCUGAAGAGUCAGGGAUCCAGCGUGACGCCCCCAAGAGUCCGUUUCGCAGUUGCUGUUGAGGGCGUUGAGCUUGUUUCAGAUCUCCUGUUGCUGCCAUGGGCUUCAGGGCGGUGCUGCUGUCCUUCCUCCUGGUGUCCCUGAGCUGCUCCAGAGGAGCCGUCAUCACUGGGGCCUGCGAGCGAGACAUUCAGUGUGGGUUUGAUCUCUGCUGCGCCGUCAGUCUGUGGCUGAGGGGUCUGAGGAUGUGUGUGCCGAGAGGUGUGGAAGGGGAUGAAUGUCACCCCUUCAGCCACAAGGUGCCCUAUCUGGGGAAAAGGCAACAUCACACCUGCCCCUGCCUGCCCCACUUGGUGUGCACCAGGUACACUGAUAGCAAGUAUAGAUGCACUGACGACUUCAAAAACAUGGACUUUUAACAGACACCCAAACACGGAUGGAGACGAGCACAUCAGAGCGACGAGGCGGUGGGUCGAGAUCAUCUCCACUGACUGUGUAUUAAUUUGUGUUCUCUAUGCACUAAAAUAAAAUAGUUUGGAUUCUGCACACGACAAGCACAUGAAAAGAGACGCGAAGGCAGCGUAACUUACUGGCAAGAGCACACAAACACACGGAGUUACUUUGGAACUCUUUGUGUGAUUCAUCUGUAUUUAUUUUCAAACGUUUCAAGUUACUUUCCAAAUAUGUGCAAAUAGCAUUAUCAAUAAAGGUGUAAUGGAGCCGUUGUGUGAUGCCUGUGCCGUGGGAGUGUUUUGUUUGAACGGAAGGUGCAAUAAAAAAGAAAUAGUCAAGUGGUUUUAAUCACACUCUGAUUAAGAUCAAAGUCAUGAUCAGCAUGCAAACAGUGACCUUGUGCAAAAUAACUGAUCAGCAAAAUAUUUAACCAGAAGAUUUUCUAUAGACACGAAUACAGUUUUUAUGCAGUUUUAAGUCUAAUUUUCCAUAUUUUGCUUUUUGUCUUACAGGAGGAAAGUAUACUAGAUAUAAAUACAAAAUAAUAGAUAUAAGCUGUGGUGUACAUUAAAGUGCUUCUAGUAGUCUGCUACAAUUGAGUGCAUGUACUCAAGUAUUGUACUGUAUUAGAUAAACUGAGGUACAAAUAUUUAAAAGGCAAAAUGGUAGCGAUACUCAAUCAUAAAAAAAAUAUAUUUUAAGAUUAACACAAAUAAAAAGAGCAGCUGGACAUAACAUAAUUACUGUGUUGCCCACUUUUGGAUUUUGAUGUAGACUAUUCUAGGAAAGUGACGCAAAGUAACAGUGAAUUUCGUGAAAGUCAGUGCACAUCCCAACAUAAUGUGUGUCUGACAAAGGCCUACGUCGAAAUGCGGCAAAGAAGGAACAUAAGUAUCACAGCUAUCACCUGCAGCCGAGGCAUGCACGGAUAAAAUGUCGCCGUAACCCAAUAUCGAGUGUCAAUGAGCUCCCUCCCUCUUCUAUAUCAGGGGUAUUCAAGUCAAUUUUAAAGAGGUCCACUUAGAGAACAUUUCUCCAGAACAUCAUAAUAUCUAACUAUUUACUGUGUACAAGGACUAAGUAGUCUCAACAUCAUCAUCUUGUAUCAACAUCUGCAAGUCAUCAAUAGCUGACUGUAAAUCAAAUACAUUCAGCACGAUUAGAAAACUAUUUGACAGUAUUUAUUGUCAUGUAUAAUGUAUAAUGUUCUCCGAUUAACUACAUAAAAGUGAGCUGCUUUUCAAAAUAUGAAAAUGUGAAAAUGGUGCAUGUCGAAAUAAAAUGCCUGACCUCAGAAAAAUAAAAGAAGCACGUGAGAAAAAGCCUGACUUUUCCAUUUCCUGUUCCACAUCUUGACUCAACAGUCACCAGUCCUAGUUUACAGGCACUCCCCCUUGUUUUCUGUCGCUAUCUUUACUUUUCUUUCAACAGUCUUAUCGUGUGAGACUUGCCUCCGACUCUCUGACCCGACCG